UGGCCGAUAUAUGAGGCUUAUUUUGUAUGUGACGGUAAUAAAAUCCCAAAUAAUCAUAAAAAAAAAGUAACCCCAGGUACAAAACCGAAUUUUGGCAAUUACCAGGAUAUUAUGACAAGAGCGACACCAUCAAAAUCAUCAGGAAUACCAAGUGUUUGUGCGGGAGUGUCGCGUUACCAAGUAGAUGGAUAAGGUUGUCUUUUUCUCCACCGUGGGUUGACCGUGUGUUCGUUAGACGCCGCGGUGUCCUCUCUCUUUUUCCAUUCUCCACCUCACCACCCCCUCCGCCAAAAGCCAAAAGAAAAUUUCAUUGAAAAAAAAACCCCCCCCAAAAGUGAUAAACAACAAAUCAACAGAUCCACCAUCCAAACCCAACUGCUGAGGAAAAUCUCCAAUCUACCACUUCUCCCCCAGAUAUCGUGACAAAAAAAUCCUCAGCAGAAAGUGCUGUUGCCCAAUCGCCAGAAUUGCCGCCAGAAUAUCCUACAUCACAAGUGCAGAACACCAGAAGGCUGUUUUGUUUGUAAACCAUACCAUCACGUUAUCAUUCGAGGAGGAUUUAUUCGAAGCCACCAGGAGGACAGAAGAAUCAGGGCUCAACAAUUGGCCACGUUGAACAUCUUAACCCAUCGACACGAGAAUCAAAAGCCCAUGUGAAAUAAUUGACGAGUCCUGAACAGUCGGGUAAAAACAAAAAAAAAAGCAAAAAAUCUCUUGUCCAGAUAAAAUUUCCCUUGCCCCCUCAAAUGUUAGAUAUUCCAUCCUAGCAAAUAAUCCUACAAUAUCCACAAAAAUAAUCGACUGACAAAUGCAAUUAUCAUCGUGAUUGAAAGCUGUGGGCAAUCCCCUGGCAGGUAUCCCCCUAUCCACCAAAAUUCCCCCAAAAAUUCCCUCAAAAUCAUCAAUAAUUAACAAAAUAAACAGUGCACAAGAUAAAUCGCAUAUAAAGCGUCCCGAAAAGGGGCGCAGAUAUGCGAGAACAAUAUCACCUCCCCCCGUAGUGAAAGAAGAGAUCGAAAUUAUUCAAAAUAUUGACAACAACAUUGAAAUACUGGAGUGCAACGGUUACAUCUAUCACUUAGAGCCCAUUAAGAUAUAUCCCGCCGAUCAAUUAGUUGUUGUUGAUACUGUCGGUGUGGACGAGGAAAUAGCCCCAAAUGAUACACCUAAACAAUCGGUUAUACUCGAAGCUGAUCCAUUAACAGUGGCAAACGAUCAGGAUCAGGAUCACGCAACCCUGGCCAAUAUGUGCACAACACCUGGCAAUGCUGGCACUGGUUUUGGGUAUGCGUGGUCAUUCAAUCCACCAAACGAGGGUAGAGAGACUAAUCAAUCAGAUCUAACAGCAAACAUAAAUUAUGCUGUCAACAACAAUCAGGAUCAGGGAACGAGCCAGAAAAUUCAGGCUGAUGUCAAGCCCAAAGUAGCCAAUGCCAAUCAGCCUGGACACCGUAGACAGGUGUUUCAGAUGACAGACAACUGUCAGAAUACCCAGCAACAGCAGCAACAGCAGCAGCAACAACAGCAACAUCAUCAAGGUGGUGGUGGUGGUACAAGUACUGGCGGUCACAAUCAGAGUCAUAACACCCAUCAGACUCACGUAACACACGUUCGUACAAAAAAACAUCACGAUGUCUUCUCACUGACCUGUGACAAGGGUGGCUGCAACUGCGAUGCAUCACACACAACACCAGCACCAACAAUAUUUCCAAAUACCCUCGUCUUCACCACGACAGAUAAACACGCCAUGAGUAAACACUUUAUGACACCAAUUGGUCCAAUACAGCUGACAGCUGAGGAGUGCAAUGAGAUACUGAUGAAACGAGCUGCUGCUGCAUCAAAUCAGGCCAACACCAACAACGUCAAUCAGAGCCAGGAGCACUUUGGUCAUGUUGUCACACACGUUAAUACAACCCAAAUAGACACUAAGGUCAAGCAACAGGACAUGGGGAGCCAGGCGAGAGUGCCCAAGGAGAGGCCCUACUCGUGCUCAGAAUGUGGCAAAUCAUUUCUCCUUAAACAUCACCUCACAACGCAUGCCAGAGUUCACACUGGUGAAAGACCUCACAUAUGCGUACACUGUGGCAAGAGUUUUGCCCAUAAACACUGUCUCCAUACGCAUCUACUGCUACACAGUGCUGAGAGGCCGUAUCAGUGUCGAGAGUGUAAAAAGUCAUUUACCCUGAAGCAUCACUUGGUAACACAUACGAGGGUACACACGAGAGAACGGCCGUUUGUAUGUCAGGAGUGUGGUCGGGCUUUUCCAUUGAAAAGACAUCUCGUGACACACAGUAAAUUUCACUCAGGGGAGAGGCCAUUUGUUUGUGCUGAGUGCGGCGAGUCUUUCUCCCAGAAGGAUCAUCUGACGAUGCACUCCAGGUUCCAUGGGAGUUUGCAUCCUUUUGUUUGUUCAGACUGUGGUGCUACUUUUCAGAGGAAAUUUGAGCUCGUCAAUCAUGGGAGGCUGCAUGGCAGGGUACCUCACUCGUGCACAGCGUGUGGAAAGGAGUUUCUCCAGAAGAGGACACUUCUCGCUCACAUGAGACUACACACUGGUGAAACACCAUUUGCCUGCACUGUAUGCGGUGAAGCUUUUCCCAGAAAAGCUGACCUCGUUGCACACUCCAAGAUGCACAACGCUACCAAUACUGAUGACAAGUCUCUCACAUGCAGGGAGUGUGGAUUGGACUUUUCUAAUCGGGAAGCACUUACUUUGCAUUUGAGGUUACACUCUGGAGAUAGGACACUUGUUACGGAUCUAUGUGGACUCGCUGCUGCUUUCCAACAGACACCUGGACACUUUCUCACGACCAACGCCACGGGAACGCAUCAGAUGAACGGACCAAUAGGCACACCAGGUGUAUCGCACAUGCAAAGUGCAACGCAAACAUCACCUCCAGCAGGCAGUGGUCCAAAGCCAAAGCCUCACCUGUGUCCAGAUUGUGGUCGUGGUUUUGCCCAAAAGCACGGAUUGUCCCAGCAUCAGCGACGACACAGCGAUGGUAGCUGUCACAUAAGAUCGCACGUCUGUGAUAAAUGUGGGAAGGCAUUCUUCCAGAAGAAUCAUCUGCUGCUACACCAGCGUCAGCACAUGGAUCCACCACCGAGUAUAUUGAGACAACAGCAGAGGCAAGCAGCACAAGCUGCUGCCCAAGCUGCACAGCAGGGACCACAGCAACAGGUUCAGGCCCAACAACAGCAGCAGCAGCAGCAGCAACAGCAGCAGCAGCAGCAGCAGCAACAACAGCAGCAGCAGCAGCAGCAGCAAGUACAGCAGGUACAGCAGGUGCAACAGGUACAAGCCCAGCAGCAAGUGCAGCAGCAGGUACAGCAACAGCAACAGGUACAGGUGCAGCAGGUACAGCAGGUGCAACAGGUACAGGUGCAGGUGCAGCAGAGCCAGCAAAAUCAGACGUGUACUGUCGAUACGAAAGCCAUUCAGAUGCAAACUAUUGAGCAACAAGUGCAGGAACAAGUGCAGCAGCAGGUGCAACAACAUCAGCAGCAUCAGGCGUGCAAUGACGAUACUAAGGCGAUACAGUUGAAUGUUACCAUGUGAAACGAUCCUGGUGACAAUUAUGAACAUUGUGAGGAAUCAGCACGACGUACACAGCCUGACGCUGCAUACAUGCACCCACUUCUCUUGUACUAACAAUUUUACACACUUGGUGAUGCAUUUUGACUGGGUGGGGGUCAGUGGUUUGAUGGAUUUUUCGGGAUUCUGCACAUAUUUUUGAAAUUUGGGGGAUGGAGAAAUCUGUCAGAUCUUGGGGGAGGGGUGGAGGGAAUAUUUUUUUGAAUUUUGAGGGGGAUUUCUGGGGCCUGGGGGGAGCAGGAAAUUUUUGGCGGGAGUUUUUCAACACUUUUUCUUUUUCUCUUGUUGUUUGAGAGGAGUGGAAAAACUUCUGGGAAAGAUUUCUCUGGUUCUGGAUGAGCUCCAGAUGUUCGAUAAUGACGAUUGAUUUUUAAUUUGUGAAUUUUUGAUAUAGUAUUUUUACAGUUAUCAGAUUCUUUCGAAUUACCAAAUAUUCGGAGAUUAAAAAUUGGUCGUUUACUCAAAAUGUCAGAGAGUGUUUAAUUGAAAAUGGGAGAAUUAUGAGGUUCUCACGUGUUACUCAGGCCCUGGGGAUCAGGGGCAUCCAGUUGAAAUGUUAACUAAAUUAGUUAUAUUUAAUAUAUCUAGAUGACGAAAAUUAAAAU